AUGCUUUUUUCAACUUCCUCGUCUUCAUCAUCUUCAAGUCCUGCAAUCAGCGAUGAAGACUUCAACCUAUUUCACUCCAUCGACCGCGAAUUAUACUCCAUUUUAAUCUUUUACCUAUGCCGGGACCCUGCCGAGUCCAUGCAAGUCAUGGCACUUUGGUUGUGGCUUGAAAGGGCCGGCUACGAAUCGCGUCUGGUCAAGAAACUGCUGUCAACUCCGGUGCCUUUUAUUAACGCCGUUGCCGAUGAGACAGUAACGUGCUUGAAAUGUAUAGAGACAGAUAACUUUCCCACUGAUCCGGAGGGAAAUGACAUCCCUACACUAAAAGCUUUAUUAAGAAAGAGUGUUGCUAUUCAAUACUUUCACGAAAACAGGCUUACCAUUCUUCGUGGAGUGACAAAGAUCAUGAAUGAGGUAUGUGCAAGAGCUUUCGACGACAUAUUGAGAAGAAUUUUUCGAAUCAAGUCUCUUUUCAAUACACACAUGGUUGGUGAAUCGAGCAGUAGUUCUGGAAAUAAUGAGAAGAACGUGGUGCCGAAUGUGACUAUAGUACCGAUGGGUUACUAUCAGUCCCUUCUAAUGGCGCCAUUACAUUUAGACUUGGAAAAUGAGGGAGCAGUACUCGAUCAUAAGCAGUUUUGGCCGAGUUAUGAUCCUAAUCACAUGGUGCACGCUUAUGAUCCUUACGAUCUCGCGAUGCAGCGCCAGUUCUUGAACAGUGAGUUGGGUGAUCGGUUGAGCCGUCUUAGCCUCUCUGUUCCUGUGGAAGAGAAGGAAGUCCCACAAGAUGAUAGGACAAUCUUCUUGACAUUUUCCAAAGGGUACCCAAUAUCCGAAACUGAAGUUAGAGACUUCUUCACUGGAAAAUUUGGAGAUUUUAUUGAAGUCAUUCAUAUGCAAGAAGUGCAGCAGGAUGAACAAGUACUAUACGCUCGCGUUGUGUGUCGUUAUGUUCCCAUCAUUGAUGUUGUCCUCCAUGGUCAAAUGAAAGCCAAGUUCACCAUCAAUGGGAAACAUGUUUGGGCCAGAAAAUAUGUGAGGAAGAACCCCAGGUCACCGCCGACAGUAAGUUCACCACCGCAACCAGCCUCCACGGUGGGGUUGCCACAACCCUAG